CAGGGCUACUGGCAGAUCACCGCCGACGACAUCUUCUUGGGCGGCCAACAGGGUGUCGGCCAGUUCGAUGCCAUCGCCGACAACAGCACCACGCUCAUCAUCGGAAUCCUCAACAAUUUUGCCUCGUUCUACGAGGCCAUCAGUGGCUAGGAUGCGUCGAGCACCCUCGGCGAGGGCUACUACACCACAUUCGACUUUAACAACCACGAGGUUGGCCCAAAGCGUGUGUCUUUGGUCUUACCUUCUGUGCCAGCCAAAGAGGCCUAUCACGAAAUCUUUUCUCAUGCAUGAUCCGAAGCCUAAUGCACAGAACAGUGGCUGGGCACGUCUUUAUUUCGC